CAGGGGGCACCCGUACCCGCUCGCGAAGUCGCCGAAGGGCCCCUGCACCCCUCCCCACCCCCUUCCGGACAUUUUUUCAUCGCAUGAGCGUACCCUUCCCCUCGCCAAAUGCGCGCAAAGUCGCACCCCCGUCGCCCGCGUGCAGAAAAGCGUCGACAAAAAUGUUUCUAAAUCGCGCGGUGCGUACGCUCACAGAGUUAGCCGUCCCGUCGCGCGCGGCCGUUGGCGACGACGAGCGCGCGUAAUCGUUGCAUACACGCGUCGAGGUCCGCGCGUCGGGUAACGGUCAGCGUGGAUUCGCCCGAAAGCCGUCAACAGGGCUGACGCUCGAUGCCAUCGUCAAGCGCAUGGGGCGCGGGCACCGCUGGUCGUCGUCGGUGUCGUCUUGUCGACCUCGAUGCGGCGCAC